GGAAGGUGCCCAUAUAUACGCAAUCACUCGCGCAACGACCCCGUCUUCUUGGUUGUCGUCGUCAAAAAUCAUAUAAUCACGACCUGGCCAUCAUUGCCAAGAAAGGAAGUUUUAGAGGAUUUGAUACUAUUCGCGGCCUCCGGACAGGCAAGGGCAGCUACGGACCAGGACUACCUGCCGCAGUUCGACACAGAUGGUGUUGAUUACGUGAAUUGUGAUACUAGUUAGCACCAGGCAGAGUUUGGAAUUUUCGAUCAUCGUCACCACAGUUUAUUAGCUGGCAAAAUAGUGAGUGAGAGUGCCAUUAAUGUGUAUCGUGUGAAUUUCUUUUUCUUCCACACCACCAACUACAAAAACAACAACCACAACUCGACGUGUCGACGUUGCCAUCCUCCGUCGUUGUGUGUACCUCUACUCUGCUGAUCAAGAUUCACAGAUUUAAUCUUUUUCUCUCAUGCCCAUCUAUACUCGGACGACGUGACAAUAUCAGUGCGUGUGAUUAGCAGCAGCGGGUAGACGACGACGACGAGUCCCAAGGUCUGUUGCCUAGCAAGUAGCAAACAACAAUAGUCAGUCGGUGGAAGAAAACAGACAGAACGUCGAUCGAAGCAACCAUUCAGGCGGAGCAAACCAUCCGCGCGAAAUCUCAUUUCGCUGCUUAGUAGUAGGCGAAAAGAUUUUCCAACCUCGCAUCAUCAACAACAUCUGCAAAAAUAACACCAGGCAGGAGAAACGAAUAAAAAACAGGAGCAAUAACUCGCUCGCUCGCGUACACUCCGAGAAAAUCCGUCGAGGCCUGCCGUGUUAGUGCGAAGCUGCCGUCGUGUACUACUAUGAUCGUUCUAAAUUCAGACAGAAAGUUACUGUUGAUCCCAGCGGACUUGGAAGCAGUCUAAUAUGCCGGUUAUAUCGCCAUAUUCGUCCAGUGGCAGUAGUUACAUCUCUCCAACGUAUCGCUCCAGCUACACGGGUCGAUCGAGCCUUAGCUUCAGUAGCGCAAGCCCUAGCAGCAGUUAUCGGAGAAGCUCGUACCGCAAUGAUCUUUCGAGUUCGUACUCUUCGGCGUAUUCUUCGUACCGAUCGCACAGAACAGCGGAUAUCGAAACCUCUUCGGCACUAACCACAAACUCUACUCCAACCGCUGCUAACGAUAAAGAAUCCGGAGUAGAAACUAGCAAUAGCAGCAGUACCACAGUUAAUAAUAUCAAAGACACCUCCACUAGUAGCACCUCCACAACCAACCGUCCAAGCCGAUACACCUCGAGCUACAGUUAUAGCUCUCCCUUGAGUAGAGACUACAGCUCACGGAUCAGUUCUCGAUCUUCCGACGACAGGCGUCUCUCAUUUCGGGAUCGCGAAAACAACUAUCUGUGCGCCGGUGGGAACUCCACGUCGAGCUACAUUUCGAAUCUCCGCAGCACAGCACUCAGCGGUGCAGAAGUGUACCAAAAAUACAGCAUCUCGAACUACAAACCGAACAACCUAGAUCGUUUCUCUUCGUCGUCAUCGGCGGCGGACUCCUCCUCGUCGUCAAAGUCACUGCUCAAAGCACCCUCACCGUCAAACGGCACCACGGCAUUGGAUAUCAGUAAGGUAAACAACAUUCCCGCUAAAGAUAGAAACAGUAACAUUGAUGCAUCAUCGGUCAUUGUCGCCAGCAAUAAUAACAACUCAACUAACACUAAUGGCACUACCACAACCAGUGUUGCUAAUACACCAUUCCAACAACUAGAAACAACUACUAACUGCAAGCCCACAGUAAUAGCUAACAAGAAUACGGGCGCCAAACCGGCUAGCGGUGCAGCAUGUUUUCUCAAUGUCCGUUCAGAAAUCUCCACAAGUUGCAAUAGUAUCUCUGCUAUCACCACAAUUACUACCACCACGACAACUACCACUACAAUUACUACCACUACCUCCUCCACAUCCACUUCCGUUUUACUGUCAUCAUCGUCAUCAUCUUCGGUGCUGUACGAUACACCAUCGGCUACAACAACCACUGCUCGAAUACGGAAAACAGGUGGUAGCGGCUUCGGCGGCAGUGGCAUUCCUACACAUCAUCGCGCUCAACGUCCCGAAGCGACGAUCAACCUCGCUGGACAACUCACUACUAGGUUGCGCCCAGCAAAGCCUCCACUACCGAAAUCUCCCCUCAGUACCCUUUCUCAGUCGAACGGACGCAGCAAGGAGCCGCUAGGGUCAUCCCUUCAUCGACACCCCAACUUUCUCAAACACGAGUGCGAUUUGAUCCGGAAGGAGCUUAGCAAGAGUACCACCGAACUGGCUGUCCGAAACAGCUCAACCGCACCCGCAUCAGCAGCCAUGAAAACCACUACCCUGGGGUCGUCGAUAACUAACCUCCACGAAACCGCCAAAGAGCGAAAAACUAGCAGCAACUUCCUCGCGAAGCUAGACACCCACAAAGCUAAGCCUAUUCUGCCACCCGUCAAGAACCAGCCCAAAGAUCAUGAAGAUGAUGACAAAAAGCAUAGAGAUCACCAUCCGAACCACCACAAUCAUCAAAAACUGCAGCUAGCAAAGUCUACGGCUGGCAUCGAGUUACUAAAACCUUCUUCAAACACCUCAGUCAUUUCCGAAUGUACUCAAAAAAAUGAUAAUUCUUUUUUCAAACUAUCAUCUUCACCGCCAUCCUCGUCAACAACUUCGACUACGUCAACCACCACAACCACAACUACAACAGAGUCGCUAAAAUCAGCCUCCCCUUGUUCACCAUCAACAACUGCAACUCGCUCUAGCAAUACCACUAGUUCUUACUCUUCCAAUUCUCGUUCCGCCGUCGUCGGCAACAUGAAAUCGCUGCGAAUCUCCGCCGAACUUGACGAACCGAUCACGCAGGUCACGUACAGGCUGCGACAGCCGGCCGCGAUCGGCGGCAGCAAUGGCACGUCCAGCUCCAAUACCACUCCCAAGUUCAUAGCCACGGCUUCGGUAACUACCGACGAUCACGACGACGAAAACGACAGUGAAUACCACGUCACAACUACAAUCAAACUGAAGGGAAAACCUAGCAUAGCUAAGAAUUACAACAGCACAAGUAACAGUAGUGGUUGCACCAACGGAAUCAAUAACAACAACAAUAACAAUGACAGCGGUAACGACAGUGAGAAUGACCUAGCCAAAGGCAGACCGUACAGAAACGGCACUGGCAGCAACCCCGAAUUCACCACCAGUAGCAGCAUCCGAAUCAAUGGAAACAGCAACAAUAACAACUACAGAAACAACAAUAACGGCGACGCUAGAAGCAACGGCGAUGACCCACGGAACGAUAGCGGCGGAGGCAGUGACGACGACGACGACGAAGCGCUAGCAACUUCCGCUAACGCCGCAGUGGACAAAGAAUCGAAAACCGAAAAUGACGAUGAUAAGGUUUCUUAUCUCCGCGUCGGAACUUCCUCCAAAGCACUUCACUCGACUAGUCCGGUAGGCAUCAGCGGCAGCAGCAGCAGCUUCAGGGGCCGAACUAGCGAGUACAAUUCCGGCCUAGGUAGCAGUAGCGGAACCUAUCGCAGUACCGGCCUCGGAACUUCACCGUCGUCCUCCUCUACAGUACAAAAACUCAACAACAGCUAUGAGGACACGACGGAUGCGGUCUGCCGGACAACCGGAGACAGCCGGAAGGAGGGUCUCUGUGGACUCUGGAACAUUGGUAAUACCUGCUUCAUGAACUCAAUAAUUCAGUGCCUAAGCCAUACCCGGGAGCUGACCAGCUACCUACGAAAUCAACCAACCACGGAGCGGGGAACCACCAAGGACCACAAGAUCCUGGCUGAAUACACCAAACUGAUUAAAGACAUGUGGAGCGGAACAACGCGAAGCGUCAACCCGUCCGAGAUGAAGUACGCGUUCUCGAGCAAGCACCGGAUGUACUCCGGUUCGGCCCAGCAGGACGCCCAGGAGUUCCUACGGUUUUUCAUCGAUUCGCUGCACGGUGCCCUUAAUGUUUCGGUCAAGCGAGAACCCAUGCCCAAGGAAAUGGAGGAUGAUGAAAUUGAUGCCCGUAUCAAGGCCAACAUGAUGUGGGAAUGGUACUCCAAGGUCGAGAACUCACUGAUCAAGGACCUGUUCGUUGGGAUGCUGCGAAGCACUCUCAAGUGUACCGUGUGCAAUAGCGAGAGCGUGACAUUUGACCCGUUCUGGGAUUUGAGUCUGCCGCUUCCAUCGACCAACUCCCGUUGUAAGCUCGAAAACUGUCUGGAUGUGUUCGUCAAGGAAGAAGUGAUGGAUGGGAUCGAUCAGCCGACCUGUUUCCGCUGCAAGACCCGAAGGAAAUGCACCAAGAGCAUGACGAUCGAGCGGUUCCCCAAAUAUCUGGUGAUACAUUUGAAACGAUUCUCGGAAACCCGGUGGAGCAAGCUGACCAACGUGAUCGAAUUUCCGACCGGGGAGCGCGAGUUGAACCUAGCGCCGUACGCCUCCCAGGACAAUUCCGGCCCGGUGUACUUCUCGCUGUACGGAAUUUCGAACCACAUGGGUUCCACUGCGGGUGGUCACUACAUCGCUGCCUGCAAGCACCCGGUGAGCAAGGAAUGGAACGAGUUCAACGACAAUUUUGUGAGCGAUACAUCCGAGCGCAGCCUGGUGACGUCUAGUGCCUACGUAUUAUUCUAUGAGCGAUCGUGAAGUCCUGGACGAGAGCGGCAAGCCAAAACCUAAUGAAACAAAAAAAAGGAAAGCCUAGAUUAAAAAGAUUAUUAGAAAUGACGAAAAAACAUUGUUUAAGAUAUUCACUGAAUAUGAAAGAGAGAGAUAGGGAAAAAGAAUCAAGAUAAAGAGUGGUGACAGGAAGAAACCUGGAAGAAGAGAACAAAAAGUCGUUAGUACUAAGGCAACCUAUGGUUAACGUGAAGUGAGAGUUACUUAAAACUGGAAACACCAACUGAUGCAAACAAUAGAAAAUUCAAAGUUUAAUACACAAGAGAAAUCUGAACAAAUUAACAAAGAUGCAUGGGAAAACGUUAAAUCUAUUCGUGUUGGACGGCUUUUUAGCUUUCAAUCGAAUUGGAUAAACAUAACUUUUAGCUAAUUAGGAAGAGCGAGUGGAAAACAGAAAUCUGCUUGUUGUGGGGUGUAAAAAGUGGAGCUAGAUUUGGGUGGAAAUAAGCAGAAUCUUAGAUUUGUAAUAUUUAUUUUCCUAUUUAUUGUACGAAGGUAAGAACAACAACAAAAAAAAACACAUACGAAACUAAUAUUUAUACGUAGUAAAUAGUG